AUGACGGUCCAUGGCGAGGGCCGUGAAACCCGUCGAUCCGAGUUCUUGGUUUUGUCCGGUGGAGUGUGGUGUGGUGUACUGGUUGUGAUGCUUGGUUUGGAUUCAGCUGGCAAAACAACAAUCUUGUAUAGGCUGCACCUGGGGGAGGUUCUUCAAACUGUGCCUACAGUAGGUUUUAAUGUCGAGAAGGUUCAGUACAAGAAUGUGGCAUUUACUGUGUGGGAUGUUGGUGGACAAGAAAAGCUCAGACAAUUAUGGAGGAUGUACCUCAGCAAUUCUGAUGCACUGAUCUAUGUUGUGGAUUCUUUGGACAGAGAAAGGAUCGAAGAUGCCAGACAAGAAUUCCAGACCAUUAUCAGGGACCCUUUGAUGGCAAACAGCAUAAUCUUGGUAUUAGCAAACAAACAGGACUUGAAAGGUUCAAUGAGCCCGGAGGAGGUCAUUGAAGGGCUGGGCCUGCAUGAUCUCAAGAACAGGAUAUGGCACAUACAGGGGACGUGUGCGCUCCGCGGCGAGGGCCUCUACGACGGGCUCGACUGGCUCGCGUCCACCCUGAAGCAGCUGCAGGAGACAGGCCAUGCUACUUCAAUUGCUGGACCUUCUAUCUAG